CAGCAACUUACAUUUCAACUACCAAAAUCAUUCAAUCACAUUCAUCAAUCAACAACCAAACUCAACCAAAUUAUCACCAUGGACAAGAUUCAGAACGCCGCUAACUACGUCACUGACACUGUCAAGGGUGCUGCCAACACCGCUUCCAAGGAGGCCAACAAGGAGGUUGCCAAGGACAGCAACGCCAACCUCAGCACUCGUGCAUCCGCUGCCAAGGAUGCCGUCGGCGACAAGGUCGAUGAGAAGAAGUACAACACAUCAGCCGAUGUCAACAAGGAGGCCGCUAAGCACUAAACUCGUCAAUGUUUCCAACUCCAACCAAACGAUUGUACGAUUGAGAUGAUCGGGGGGACAUGUUUACUUGGGCGUCUCGGGACAGACGGGAACUUUCUUUUGUCGAGAUGGCAUGGGACAAUGGUUUCGAUUCCCUAGAGAUUCAAUAUUCUUGGUCAGGCUCUACAAUACCCCUAAGAUAGCUUAUUACAACUUGUAUUAGCCAAACAUCAACCAUA